AUGGCUACACCGACUUCACCAGCCCAGCUCGAUGAGCUCGUUCGGACUCGUGUUGACAAGCCCAUUUCUCCAGAUGUUCUCUUCCCCAUUCUCUCUUCUGCACCCUUCAUUCCCAGCAAGACGCUCAUCAACGCCCGUGAUAUCGGCGCUGUGCCCGGCAGCAAGAUUCCCUCUGGGCGCAUCUUCCGCUGCGGCACCCUAGAGUACGCCAGCCAUGAUCCCGACACCGUGGCCUGGAUCAAGGCCAACGUCCGCCGCAUCUACGACCUUCGCAAGCCACUCGAACGAGAACACGGCCCUGACCCCGAGAUUGAGGGAGUUGAGAAUGUCUGGUUCCCUGGGUCGCAAGAAUACAAGACGCCGAGCUUGGAGGAUUUCGCCAAGGGGGACGGCAGUGCCGCCUGGAAGGACCAGUACAUGGCGGUUGCUCUCACCUAUGCGCCGACAUACAAGGCAGUCCUAGAACACAUCAGAGAUAGUCCCGCGGAGCCAUUUCUCUUUCACUGCACAGCCGGCCGUGACCGCACCGGAGUUCUCGCCGGCCUUCUUCACCACCUCGCCGGUACGGCCACGGACGAUGCAGUUCGUGACUACAUGCUUUCCCGAAUCGGUACCGAAGUCGCUCGCGAGAAACUUCUAAGAUUCGCCAUGGAUAGCGUUGGCACCAACGAUAUGGAGGUACCAGGCUUCUACAACCUCGUUGAGCUGCGACCGCAGUACUGGACUGCCUUUGUCGGGGGUCUCGAAGAGCAGUUUGGUGGCUGGGACGGCUAUGUGACCAAGGUUCUGGGGCUGUCAGAGGAAGAUCUUAUUACUACGUUUGAUGACGUUGAAGAUGGCUAUACUGAGAGCUUCGACUCUGUUGAAUAUCCGAGUCCUGUCUUGAAUCAUUCGAAUUUCCUGUUACAGAAAGGCCACUCAAGUUCGGUAAAAGUAUUUAUCCGCAACUACUGUAUCACAUACGAGUACGCCAGUGUUAGGCAACCCCAUCUCCGGGAUGGGGCCUUACUCAACUCCGUAACGGCUAACAUGGCGGCCCAAACAGUUACCAAGAGCAGGACUCAUGAUGACUACACUGUGGGAUGGGUCUGUGCCCUAUCUAAAGAGCAGACCGCGGCUACGGCUAUGCUUGAUGAGAGACAUGAUGAUCUUCUCAAGCCGCCAAAUGACCCAAAUACAUAUACCUUGGGAUCGAUCGCAGCGACUUUUGCGACAUGGAUGAUCUCCACUUUUCCAUCAAUCAAGUUUGGCUUAAUGGUUGGUAUUGGCGGAGGCAUUGCCCCCAAGGUUCGACUUGGCGAUGUAGUUGUUAGUGCUCCUACUGGGCGUUAUCCAGGGGUGGUUCAAUGGGACUACGGCAAGGCAGAGAAAGGGGGUGAAUUUAAGCAGACCGGAUCGCUGAACAACCCACCGGCUCUCCUCCGCACGGCCUUGACGAAACUGAGGACAGACAAUGAGUUGAGCGGGUCUAAGAUACCCGAGUAUCUAGACGAACUAAGACAGAGAUGGCCGAGACUCGUGUCAAAGUAUACUUGGUCAGAGUCACUUAAAGAUCCUUUGCAUACUCCUGCGGCCGAGGGAGAUAAGGGAAAGCCGAGAGAGACAUGCGUGCAUUAUGGUUUGAUCGCUUCCGGUAACCAAGUGGUCAAAGACGCCGAGUUUCGUGACCGCCUUGACCAGCGCUAUGAGGGGAAUGUGUUGUGUGUCGAAAUGGAGGCCGCAGGAUUGAUGAAUAAUUUCCCAUGUAUUAUCAUUCGGGGCAUUUGCGACUACGCAGACUCGCAAAAGAACAAAGACUGGCAGGAAUAUGCUGCGGCAGUAGCCGCGGCAUUUGCAAAGGAACUUCUUCACUAUAUUCAGCCACGCGAUGUUGACGAAGAGCGACCAGUGAGAGACAUAAUUAAAGAGGUUCAUAAUGACGUUUCACACAUCAAGGCCAAGCUGGAUGGAAAGGAUGAUAUUGAAAUCCUCGAUUGGCUUACACGAACCGACUACGGUCCGCAGCAAAGCGAUUACUUUAACCGACGUCAACCAGAAACUGGAAUUUGGUUUCUUGAGUCGGUAGAGUUCCAAAAUUGGGUUGCUACGGGCAAGCAAACGUUGUUUUGUCCAGGCAUUCCCGGAGCAGGAAAGACUAUCCUGACGUCAAUUGUGGUCGAUUACCUUUGCUCACAGUUUUAUAACAACUCGAAAAUCGGCAUUGCUUACAUCUACUGCAACUUCAGAAUGCGGGAUAAGCAGACAAUUGACGAUUUAUUAGCAAGCGUGCUAAAGCAGUUAGCUGAAGGCCAGUUUUGUCUACCUCAGAGUGUCAAAGAUCUUUAUGAUCGCCAUAAAGCCCUUCGAACACGUCCUUCCAUUAAUGAAAUCUUGACAGUUCUUCAAUCUGUGACGUUACUAUAUUCAAGAAUCUUCAUCGUCGUUGACGCUCUUGAUGAAUGCGAGGAAUCCAGUGGCUGCCGGAUGAGGUUUAUCUCGGAACUGUUUAAACUACAAAGGAGCAAUGGAGCAAAUAUCCUUGUGACAUCGAGGUUUAUCCCGGAUAUUAGGGAUAAGUUCAAGGGUAGCACAGAGGUUGAGAUCCGUGCUCAUGAUGAAGACGUGCGAAAAUAUUUAGAGAGCCGGAUAAUACAGUUUGGUUCAGCAUUCUUAAAAACACAUCGCGAAAAAGUCGUAACAGAUAUAACAAAAGUGGUUCAGGGAAUGUUCCUCCUCGCACAGCUUCAUUUCGAAACUAUUAAAACUAAAAAGACGUUAAAGAAACUGAAAGAUAUCCUAGCAAACUUCCCGACCGGGCAGAAAGCAUACGAUUUUGCUUACGAAGAGGCUGUACGAAGAAUCCAGGAUCUCGAUUCAGAUUCCAAGGAGUUAGCAUGGCUGGUCUUAUCAUGGAUUACUUGCGCAAAAUGCCCACUUACUACAAAGGAGCUACAGCAUGCGCUUGCUGUAGAAAUAGGCAAGACCGAAUUAGAUGAAGAAAACCUCGUCGAGAUCGAAGACAUGGUCUCGGUAUGUGCCGGGCUGGUUACUAUCGACGAAGAAAGCAAGAUCAUACGGCUAGUCCACUAUACAACUCAGGAAUACUUUGAGCGGACACAGAAUCGUUGGUUUCCAACUAAACAGACCGAAAUCACCACAGUUUGCGUCACCUACCUCUCAUUCAGCGCUUUCGAGACUGGGCGGUGUGAAACAAACCGGGAAUUUAGGAAACGAUUACAACUGUUUCCGUUCUACGGUUAUGCCGCACGCAACUGGGGGCACCAUGCUCCCAAAGAUGAAGCGAGUCAAGAAGUCAUCGAGUUCCUCAAGAGUCCAGCCAAGGUUGAGGCAUCGAGGUUCUUUGGGUUGCACAAGGCCGCAGAUACACUCCUUGAACUUGGAUACAGCCCAAACGAGCAAGAUGCUUGCAACCGAGAGCCUCUGUGGUAUGUGGCCCACAGCGGACAUGAGGUCCUCGCCAAGUUACUGUUAGCACGCGGAGCUAUUGCGAAUAUUAUUGACGGCUACGGAGAGAGUCCGCUCUUUACAGCAGCCGAAAACGACCGUCAAGGAGUCGUUGAGCAGCUACUAGCAGCAGGAGCUGAUGUGAAUUUUCCUCGCUCUUGGAGUGCACUCAUAGCAGCAGCUGAAAUCGGCCAUCAAGAGAUCGUCGAAAAGCUAUUAGCCGCAGGAGCUAAUGUUAAUGCUCGUAUUAUUAUUUCAACUGGUGGAAAAACCGCACUCGUGAUGGCGGUUGAGAACGGCCAUCAAGAGAUUGUUGAGAAGUUAUUAGCUGCAGGAGCUGAUGUUAAUGCUUUUACUGGUUUAUAUCGCGAUGAAACUGCACUUAUGGUAGCAGUUGAGAACGGCCAUCAAAAGAUUGUUACGAAACUACUAGCAGCAGGAGCUCUUGUUAGUGCUUUUACAGAUUCACAUAGCCAUGAAACUGCACUUGUGAUAGCAGUUAGGAACGGCCAUGAAGAGAUUGUUGACAAGCUAUUAGCAGCAGGAGCUAAUGCUAACGCUUUUAAUAGCACACUUGAUAAAGAAACUGCACUUGUGAUGGCAGUGAGAAACGGCCAUCAAGGGAUUGUUGAGAAGCUGUUGGCAGCAGGAGCUGAUGCUAAUUCUAUUUCUACUGGCUCUAUGGGACAGAGUAUACUUGAGAUAGCAGCUCAAGACGGUUACCAAGAGAUUCUUGAGAAGCUGUUGGCAGCGGGAGCCAAUGCUGAUUCUCCUCAAGGAACAUUUGCACUUUUAAUGGCCGCUGUAGUCAACAGGCGAGAGAUUGUUGAAAAGCUGUUAGCAGCAGGAGCUAAUUUUAAGUUUGAUGACCGCCGUAUGGGGCGGACUGUAGUUGAGAGCGAAGAGAGGAGAUAUUACCGAAAGAAGGCUGAGGAGCUGUGGGAAAUGUCUGGAGCAACCUGGCGGUAA